UAUCUCAUUUCAGCCGCUGUUUCUGAUAAUCCCUGGCAGCUCUUGAUCGCCGUCAAACUACUGAAUGUGACUACUGGCCGAUAUGCUAUCCCAGUCUUUUGGAAGCUCAUGGACCGCUGGCCAACCCCUCGGGAUAUGAUCGAGGCUGAUCAUGAUGAGCUCGUAAAUAUUCUGCGACCGCUCGGCCUCUACAACAAACGGGCAGCAUGGAUGAAGGAGAUCUCUCAAGAAUACAUAAAUGAUCCUCCUACUGACGUUCUUCGUCCAUCUAAGUGCCGCUUAGAAAUUCCUGCGAGGGUAAAAAUCACCGCGCCAUCUUAUGUGAAUCCAAGAAAACGCAAACAUUACGGAUCCCCUCAAACGGCCCGUAAAACGACUAUGCCAUAUCCGCCAACACCCGUCUCACACUAUCCAGGCGUGGGCCGAUACGCCCUAGAUUCGUACCGAAUAUUCUGUAUGAGCCACGAGAGCGAGGAGUGGAAACAAGUCAUGCCUGAGGACAAGGAACUGAUCCGAUAUCUGCGAUGGAAGUGGGCCUAUGAGGAAAGGAAGAUUUGGUAUCCUGAUGGCGUCGGCGUCGUUAAAGGUGUCGAUAUCCCUUAUCUGCUCAUCCUGGUCGACGAGCUGAUGGAGCAACUUGAGCCUGAUGAAUUUUGGGGUCCGACCGAUUUUAUUAGCGGUUGA